AUGCCGCGCUCCUUCCUCGUGGACUCGCUGGUGCUGCGGGAGGCGGGCGAGAAGAAGGGGGAGGGCAGCCCGCCGCCGCCGCUCUUCCCCUACGCCGUGCACCCCUCGCACCCGCUGCCCGGGCUGCCGGCCGGCGCCUGCCACGCUCGCAAGGCCGGGCUGCUCUGCGUCUGCCCGCUCUGUGUCACCGCCUCCCAGCUGCACCCGCCGCCGCCCGCCAUCCCCCUCAUCAAGGCCUCCUUCCCCCCCUUCGGCUCCCAGUACUGCCACUCGCCCCUGGCCCGCCAGCAGCACUCCGUCUCCGCCGUCAGCGUCGGGCACGCACCGGCGCUCUACCAGGGAGCCUACCCGCUGCCCGACCCCCGGCAAUUCCACUGCAUCUCCGUGGACAGCACGUCCAGCCAGCUGCCCAGCAGCAAGCGGAUGCGCACCGCCUUCACCAGCACGCAGCUCCUGGAGCUGGAGAGGGAGUUCGCCGCCAACAUGUACCUCUCCCGGCUGCGACGAAUCGAGAUCGCCACCUACCUGAACCUCUCCGAGAAGCAGGUGAAGAUCUGGUUCCAGAACCGACGGGUCAAGCACAAGAAAGAAGGCAAAAGCAGCUCCCACCGCGGCGGGGGGGCCGGCCACAGCUGCAAAUGCUCGUCCCUUUCCACCACCAAGUGCUCAGAAGACGACGAGGACUUGCGCAUGUCUCCGUCCUCCUCGGGGAAGGACGACAGAGGCCUCGCAGUCACCCCUUAGCCCCCCCCCCCCCCACGCCCACCCCGGCUCCCCAGGAACUGUAGCGAGGGCAGGAGAGAGACUCCUGCCUGCUCCGGUGCUGACAUCCAGCAGAAGGAUUUUAUACCGUUUUGUAUAAUCUGUGUAAUUUACGAAGGACUUUCUCGCCUUUCUAGACCCCCGGCCCGUGGGGGCGGGUGUCCGUGCGCCCUGUUGUAAAUAAACUGCUCCCUAGGACCCCAGGCGUCCCCCAGUAGUGCUGUCUCACUUGUCUCCCCGCAGGCGCAGCCCCGGGCCCGGGAGGCUCCUCUCAGACCUGCCCGCACACCGAGACAGCGCGGAUGCUGCGCGGCGGCGGGCGGUGCGGGCUGCCUGGAGAGAUGCUGUCCCGGCAUCCCUCCGGUAACUCGGCGGUGCCCGAAAGCGGGCGGACAGGGAGGGUCGGGAGCUGUUUGGGUUAUGAUCUUUUUUAUUAUUUUUUUUUCUUUUCUUUCCAAA